ACAGGGAUGCUGCUACCUAUCUGUAACUGCAGAAAGAAAGUUGGUCAAGGGAGCCGGUUGAAAACCUCUGGCCUGGGCUACUGUCGCAACAACAACAGAGACUCGCGAGGCAGGUGGUUGUUGUUUUAAGCAAAGCUCCUUAAAGGAAAACUUCGCCACGCCAGUAAACUAGUGAUUCCUACGCCUCCAGCUCCACUCCCAUCCUCGAAAACAUGCGAAAACUUAUGCAACUCGGGCCCUUAAUCUCCCCGAGUAAUCUCGAGGGAGAGCAUAUAAAUCCAAAGGUCGAAGCCUGGCCUCACGUGAACGAACGGCAGCGGCAAAGGAAAACGGGAAGGGAAGCCAAAACUUCGGCCGCUGCUGCCAAUGUGAUGCCCGCUGACUAGCUUCCUCGUUCGGCUUCCCGCGGCGGCGAAGGAGGAGCCGCUGCCGGUUCCCCCACCGCGCGCGCCAUGAAGGUCUCUUCGCUCUUCCUCUUCCACGGCCUCGCUUUCGCCUGGUACGUGUUCCUCGUCGCCUUCAUCAGCAAGAUAGGGACGAGACCUGGCGAGAAGAAGCCGGACAACAUCGUCUCCUACGGCGGGCCGUGGAAGUUCCUGACCGUCCUCAACCUGGUUCUACAGGCUGUUUACUUCGGGAUCUCCUUGCUGAUUGACGCGCUGGUACUAAUGAAGCAACUGCGACUUGCUAAGUCCAUGUUCCCCUUCAGAGACUUGAUCUUUGGCAGCCUGGCCUUUCCUACCUCCAUGACAGUGUUUACGUUGUUUUGGGCAGUAUACCUUUAUGAUCGGGAGUUUGUUUAUCCCAAGAGCCUUGAUGCCUUCCUUCCUUUAUGGCUGAAUCAUGCUAUGCACACAAUUAUAUUACCAUUGUCCCUGAUGGACCUCUUGACUACCCCGCAUCGUUCUCCAUCAAAGGGAAAAGGGAUCAGCGUAUUAGCAAUUGGGGGUGCUGCCUAUGUCUGUUGGUUUCUGUGGAUUUACUCGGUGACUGGGAAGUGGGUGUACCCUCUCUUUGAAGAGCUAAGUGCACCCGGCAUAGCUGCCUUUUUUGUGGGGAGCACUGUCGUCGCUCUCUUUUGCUACAACACAGGAGAAUUCCUCGUCCGCAUGAUUUGGGGUGACUCUGUAGUAAUACUUGACAUUUACAAGAAGAAAAGCAAAUGAAACUUGGAUGAUGCCAGAGCCAAACCUAGAUGAAUUAAGAAUGAAGCCAGCGAAGUCAAGCAAGAAGAUCUCUCCAUGUGGAACCUUCUCGUAUGCUUGUUCAACACUUUGUGUCUUCCAACGAAUCUAGAUUCUAAAAAUAACUGGAUUCUGGGGAUGGAUUUGAGGGUCUGCCUGGGCGGAUCCCUUUCAGGAUUCCAGAGGAUUAAUUUGAUUCCAGAAAGCUUAAGAUGGAUCCCCAGGCACAUCAAGCCACAGGUGUGUUGUAUGCCAAUUAAAUAAGUGGUACAUACCUUAGGACAGAAUCUUCCAAGGCUGCUACAAACUGUCUGGAGUGGAUUGCGUCAGUCCUAUCAAUGAGCCUAAACUGCACUGGGAGAGCCCCAAGCAGCUCCUGAGGCCUUGGACCUUCACACUUGUGUGUUACAUUGUUAUGGAAGCUGCAGUCAUCACAAUGCCGUGCAAAUCUAGAUGCCUGUUGCAGCUCUUCUGGUGGAGACUGGGCCCUUCUCCCCUCUCCUGCACAGAGAGAGAGAGAUGGGGAAGAGCCUACUUUGAGAGGAGUGCUGCAGACAUAGGAGGUUUUUGGCUUGUGAAUGACUGCACCAAUGUGAUCAAGACCCUUGGAAACCCCUGCAUAGGAAAGGCUAGACUCUAGGUCUUGGAAGACCUGAUUCAGAGCCAAUAAAUUCAGACUGACAAGGGCUGCCUAUCUUUAAAUGAAUCUUUUGUACUAUAUCAUGAAGACUAACCUGGUGGCAUCAUUUCAGAUGAUUAAGGAAAAGAAUUUACAGUUGCAGAUUAAAGAAAUGCAUAGCAUCCGGUGCUCAAGCUCAAUGCCAUAGGAUAAGUAUUCAUCCUUAAUGAUCUAAAGAGCGGAUCUGCUAAGUGUCCAGUGAAAUCAGCAUGGCUGCAGCUUGAAAUCCGAAUUAUUAAUAGGCAUUUACAAAAAACAGUAAAAAAAAGUUAAUGAGAUUCCUGACAUUUACAUGGUUUCCUCUUUUGAGUUUUAGAUGUGGCACUCCUGAAUCAAAAUAAUGUAAUUAUGUUUAACAUUAUGUUAACAUGAGGGUUAACACAAAUCUCUCUGCCACAUUUUCCAUUCCUUUACUAAUCUCACUUGCUAGUUUAUUUCUGUUAUUAGCCUCGGCGUCUUAUUAAGUCUUAUAGAACUGGAGCAAUUAUUUGAAAAGGUUAAUAAAAAAAAUAAAUGAACAUGA